GAAGUGGCUGCGCAAGGAGCGAGCUGUUUCCCGGACCGAGGGACUGAACGUAGCCUGAUCGUCCUGGGAGGGCUCAAGGCACCGGCGGCCAAGACCGGCUGAGGCGUCUGCGGCCGGCCUGGGGUACGGCGGUCGGGAGCAGGGGACGCCAAGGAAAAGCGGUAGCAGAAGCCCGCGGGUGAGCGCAGGGGCUCCACUUGCAGCUUUUACCCAGGCUCGGGUCACCGUUUAUUCUGGGACGGGCGGAACAAGUGCCCGGGCAGCAGCCGAGGCAACUGUCCCGUAAGAGUGUGUGAAUCCUCAGCCACUGUCCAUGGCUCCAGGAGAGGCUGUGGUCGUGGCGAAUGAAGAUCCUAACCAACAGCAGAGCGAUGGCACCCCUGCGCAGGAGUCCACCCUUCCGGAGGACCCACGCGUCUCGGCCCAGCCCAGCAUCUCGGCCGAUCCCAGCAACUCAGCCCACCUCGGCUUCUCGAUCCGCCCCAGCAUCUCUGCGCACCCAAGCAGUUCGGCCCACGCCGAUACCUUAGCCCAGUCCGGUGGCUUGGCUCACCCCAGGAGCUCGGGCCUUGAGAGCCUCAGCGUAAUCAAGGUGAGCAAGCGCCGUUGGGCGGUGGUCCUGCUGUUCAGCUGCUACUCCAUGUGCAACGCUUUUCAGUGGAUCCAGUAUGGCUCCAUUAAUAACAUCUUCAAGCACUUCUACGGGGUCAGUGCCUUUGCCAUUGACUGGCUGUCCAUGUGCUAUAUGCUGACGUACAUCCCUCUCCUCCUGCCCGUGGCCUGGCUGCUGGAGAAAUUUGGCCUGCGCACCAUCGCCCUCACUGGCUCUGCUCUCAACUGCCUGGGCGCCUGGGUGAAGUUGGGCAGCCUGAAGCCACAUCUCUUCCCGGUCACCGUGCUGGGCCAGGUCAUCUGCUCUGUGGCCCAGGUCUUCAUUCUGGGCAUGCCUUCCCGCAUUGCUUCUGUUUGGUUCGGGGCUAAUGAGGUUUCAACAGCCUGCUCCAUAGCUGUCUUUGGCAACCAGCUUGGAAUUGCACUUGGGUUCUUGAUCCCUCCUGUCCUGGUACCGAAUAUCCAAGACCGGGACAAGCUCGCCUACCACAUCAGCAUCAUGUUCUUCAUAAUCGGAGGUGUGGCCACUCUGCUUUGCAUCCUUGUCAUCAUUGUAUUCAAGGAGAAGCCUAAACAUCCCCCCAGCAGGGCCCAAUCCCUGAGCUAUGCCUUGGCGUCCCCUGAUGCUUCAUACUUAAGUUCCAUUGUCCGGCUCUUCAAAAAUCUCAAUUUUGUGCUGCUUGUCAUUACCUACGGUCUGAAUGCUGGUGCUUUUUAUGCCUUAUCCACUCUGCUGAAUCGCAUGGUGAUCUUGCACUACCCGGGGGAAGAAGUGAAUGCUGGGAGAAUCGGCCUGACCAUCGUCAUUGCAGGAAUGCUUGGGGCUAUGAUCUCAGGAAUUUGGCUGGAUAGGUCCAAGACCUACAAGGAGACAACCCUGGUGGUCUAUAUCAUGACUGUGGUGGGCAUGGUGGUAUACACAUUUACCUUGAACCUGAGACACCUGUGGGUAGUGUUCAUCACUGCUGGCACAAUGGGCUUCUUUAUGACUGGCUAUCUCCCGCUGGGAUUUGAGUUUGCUGUGGAGCUGACCUACCCAGAAUCGGAAGGCAUAUCAUCUGGCCUCCUCAACAUGUCUGCCCAGGUAUUUGGGAUCAUCUUCACCAUCUUCCAGGGCCAGAUCAUUGACAACUACGGAACCAUGCCUGGGAACAUCUUCCUGUGUGCAUUCCUCACCCUUGGGGCAGCCCUCACUGCAUUCAUUAGGCCAGAUCUCCGGAGGCAGAAAGCCAACAAAGAAACUUCUGGGAAUAAACUCCAGGAGGAGGAGAGCAGUACCACCAGUAAAGCCCCCACCAGUGUGUCUGAGGAGCAUCUCUGAGAGAAAAAGGGGGUGGUGACUCAGGGACCCUGGAGAACACGCCCCACCUCUUCAGUCAGCGCGACUCCCACCGCCAGCACCGAGGGCUUCGCUGGAGCAGCUUUUGGAGGAAACCGGCGGGAAUAUCUGUGGCUUGGACGGCAGUGCCUCUGCCCUCUGGAACCCUCUCAAGAGCUUAGCUUGCAUGGUCUGCUUGGGGAAACUCGCGCCUUCCACCACCUGCGGAGUCCGUUCCUGCCCCUCCCCCUUGUAGGUUCCGGGAGCUGGUGUUGGGAGAGGCCAGUGGAGACCAAUGGAGUCGGUCCUGGCUUGGUGCCUUCCCUUCCCUCUUCACUUCCAUCCCUCGUGAAGAAAGUCUGCGAAAUUACCACAAAAGAAAGCUCAUUCAAGAUAUUAACUUUUUCUAGUGUCUUAAAGACUCUUAGAAGCCCAAUUCUAAGGCGUGUCAGCUGCUGUGGAUGAGGGUCACUCCUGGGUCAUCAGACUGAUGGGCUCGAGUUCUGUAGGAGAGAAAGCGCCUCAGGACAAACCCUCCAGAACCCUGGGCCUCAGUUCUCCUGGCCUAAUGGUGGCGUCUUGUCUCAACCCUCUUCCUAAGAGCCGAUCAAACCAAACAUCAAUAAACUUGACAAAAACUUUGUUGUGCCCACAGUGGAGAAAACGGUUUGGGAGAGUUAACCACCUGGGUGUGUGAUGUGGUAGCUUGAUUUGGGAAUGGGAAGUUCUUUCCUACAAAAGAAGUCCUUGCCCGGGGACUUGUGUGUGUGUCAUGGUUGCCUCUGAUGCCUUCACAUGGACACUUGACCCUGAGAAACUCAGCCAUUGGUGUAACUGUUUUUUUUGGAGGGAGGGAAAUCCCAGCCAACUUCCUGUAACCUUCAGUGAAAACGAACCUUAAUUCCAGCAGAUGCCAUUCCCACUUGGUGGGCCACCUCUACAUCUGCCCCUUUCCUCUCCUCUCAGAAGCAGCUUUGGAUUUCUCAGGGUGGAAUCAAUCAAAAGUGUGUCCCAUCUCUGGUGGGGACAGUAGUUGUAUACUCAACCCCUCUCCGCACCCCCUUCUGCAAUCUUUCAUCAAACAUUCUAAACUUGAAGGGAUUCCCUUUAAGCCAACCUGAGCUGAACUCUCUUGCCUAGACUCUUGUCUGGCUCUACUCAAAGGCUUGGGGAAUAUGUCCUGAAAAUAAGACAUUUUGCUAAUUUCUGCUGUGCGUUGAGCAGCUAUGAUCAUGACCACCGUGCUGUUGGCUGUGGCCGCUGCCCUGGCCUCAGGAUACUGGAGCAGCCUGCGCUGGCAGCAGGGCUCAGGGGCUUGGGCCACUGCCUGACGGGAGCAAGGGUGUGUGUGUGUGUAUACAGACAAGAACUUUCUGUAUGUAUGAAAAGAAGUUCACGCUUCUGGUGGGGGAAAUGAGUUAGAGGUGUUAGAGGUGGAAAAGUCUUAUUUUUUGAAAAUGAGAAAAAUGUUUACUCUUAAAGCCCCUUAAAAUGUGUCAACAAAAUGUUUACCAAAUCCAUUGCUUUAUUUUAAAAAUAAUUUGUAUUUCCUAUUUGAAUGUUUUAAGGCAAUGAACAAUUCUAAGAGGACUGCCUUAUCAUUUCCUGGGGCAGAGAUGGUAUAGUCCCCAUGAGAUUAUCAGAGCAUAUUUCUGAGGACAGUGACGGUGUGGGGAAGGGAUGCUGCAGCAGCUUUUGUGUCCAUCUGUAGAAGUGGCCCUCUGUUGACACAGAUUCCCUACACUAGUGCCUUGCUUUUUAAAGAGAAGGCUGUGAAGGUUCCUGCUGGCCCACGUCAGGGACUGCUCUCCAUGCCCAGCAUGUGACCCUGCCCUGUUUCCUGGGCUGUGUACACGUGGAGUCACCUGUGUGUGACUGCUUUUGAGAGCACACUGUGGUUCUGGCUCUGCCUCAAAGGGCGGCUCAAGUGUUUGCUCUCAGAUCAUCCCAGCGACGUGCUGGCUUACUCUGGCCAGAGUCCACAUUCUCAGUAUCUGCAGCUCCGGGCACCUUUUUGUUCUGAACUGUCCUGUUUACUGACAUUGCUCCAUUCCUGACCACAUUCAUCCUAUGUCCACUGCUUGGAUAUGCUGCUGCUGUCAGCUUUCUGUACAUUUCUUUUCCUAGAGAGUUACACCGGGCCUGUGGCAUUCUGGCACCCUAUCUGUUGGCAAUUAUUAGCUGGAGACAACAUUACAAAUUCUACUUUAAAUGUGGGAAGGGAGCUAAGUCUGGGCUGUUAAAUCCAAUAUUCAGAUUGUCUGCUGAACACUGUAUACCAUCUCUUUAGGUCCUUGGGGAUCUUGCUGUUACUUACCUGGACUAUUUCCAUGGUACAUGCCUUGAGAUUCCAAAUCCUCUAUGCUUUCAUCUAUUCCUUUCUUAGGUGGGCUUCAUGUGGAUCUGUGCUCAAAGUGUUAUCUCUCUGUAAGAUCAUUGCUUUUCUUACUACCUCCUUACAGGAGUUGGUGAGUAAAGCAAAGACACUUCAUAUUCUUGAGCUUCUGUUCUAGGGGCAGUAUUGUGGGAAUGCAAGGCCUGGAAUUGCUGCACCAUAAAAAGAAAGCCAGCCUGAGGAUGAGGCUAACACAGGACAGAGCUGAAACAAUCAGAGAUGGAGCUGAGUUCUGAUCAAACCAUUCCUGAAGCCUGUCUUCCUCUUUUCAGUUUUGUGAGCCAAUGUUGUCUUUGUUGUUUAAGCUAGUUUCAAGGGGAUUUGUUCCUUUCCCUUAAAGAGCCUUAACUGAUAAUUUCCAAUGCAAAUGCGUCUCAGUAUCAAUUUUAAGCUUCCUGUCAAUGCCCUGACAAGUCUCCUGCCUCCCUUUCUGACCUAUUUCCUACCUUCCACUUCCUCCCUUCACCAUACUGUAGUUACACAGAUCUUACUCCUUGAACAGGAUGGGGUCCUGCCUCCCAGCUGCUGCUCCCUCUGCCCUGAAUGCCUGCCUUGUAUCUGACGAAAUCUGCUGCCAGGGCAGUCAGGACUCAGCUUGACCCCCACCUCCUCAGGGAGGCUUUUCCUGAUCAUCUAAGUUCUUGAUCUCAAUACCUGUUUUCUAGAGUUCUUAUCACUGUCUGAAGUUGUUCUUUCAAAGGCUGGCUGGCUUGAUCAUGUUUCCUUGACUACAGUGUAAGGGCCACAGGAGCAGGGAUAUUGCCUGGGCGGGUCAUUUCUCUCUCCUUAGUGUCUGGCAUGGAGUAUGUGUUCAUUAAAUACUUGCGAAAUAAA